UUCUAACGAAGCUGAACUGACAAAGCGUGAAAGUGGUCUAAAAGGAAAAACAAAGAUAGUGACCAUGUGCUCACUGUGCCAAGACUAAUCAAUAUGCCAGAAGCUCAGCUUUCCUCUCUCUUGUGAUGUGUUUUUAUUUUUUUUCAGCUGGGCUAACAGUCUCCUCCCCUUUCCUUAAGUUACAGUGAUAGUAAGUUGCUGUAUUCCAAAGCACAUGCAGAUUGUCAGUUUUCUCUGAGUCCUGCUCGCUCAGCUCUGCCGCUCUGUUGUAUUUGCUGGGAAAUCCCUAUCUUAUCUGCCACCACCCUGUUCUUAAGAGUACUGCGGAUCUGAAAAGCACCUCACACGGAAGAGAGCCUUCCACUUUUCUGAAGGGAUAUUGACAGAAAUUAACUAUAUAGAAAACUUUUUGCAAGAUAGAUGACUAAAAGUGACGGAGAAGAUCCAAAACCUGGAAGUAGGAUGGAACGCAUUCAACAAGGAGUCCGGAAACGUACACUUUUGGCAAAAAAAAAAGUGCAGAGCAUAACAAAGGAUGAUGUUAAAAGUUAUUUAUUGAGGAAUGCCUUUGUGCUCUUCACCAUUGUUGCUGUGAUUCUUGGUGUAAUCCUUGGAUUUUCUCUUCGACCAUAUAAGAUGAGCUACCGGGAAGUCAAGUAUUUUUCAUUUCCAGGAGAACUACUCAUGAGAAUGCUGCAAAUGCUGGUCCUGCCACUCAUUGUAUCCAGUUUAGUCACAGGAAUUGCUGCCCUGGAUAGUAAAGCAUCAGGGAAGAUGGGAGUCCGAGCAGUAGUCUACUACAUGAGUACUACAAUCAUUGCUGUACUGAUUGGUAUAAUCAUUGUGGUCAUCAUCCACCCUGGGAAAGGUACUAAAGAAAACAUGCACAGAGAAGGCAAAAUUGUGCAAGUGACAGCAGCAGAUGCUUUUCUUGAUUUAAUCAGAAAUAUGUUCCCUCCAAAUCUAGUGGAAGCUUGCUUUAAACAGUUCAAAACUAACUAUGAAAAGAGAAUGUUUAAAGUAGACAUUCCAUCCAAUGGCACAUCCACAGUGGCUUCCAUAAUAAGCAAUGUGUCUGAAGCAAUGGAAACCCUCACUCGAAUGAAGGAGGAAAUAGUUCCUGUUCCAGGUUCUGUAAAUGGAGUGAAUGCGCUUGGCUUGGUGGUUUUCUCCAUAAGCUUUGGCCUGGUGAUUGGAAGCAUGAAGGAGCAAGGUCAGGCAUUAAAAGACUUCUUUGAUAGCCUUAAUGAGGCUAUCAUGAGAUUGGUAGCUCUAAUCAUGUGGUAUGCUCCUCUUGGAAUCCUGUUCUUAAUUGCUGGGAAAAUUGUUGAGAUGGAAGAUAUGGGUGUGAUUGGUGGUCAGCUUGCCAUGUACACUGUAACGGUUAUCAUCGGUUUGCUAAUUCAUGCUGUUAUUGUCCUACCUCUUCUCUACUUCCUGCUCACUCGUAAAAACCCUUGGGUAUUUAUUGGAGGUUUAAUCCAGGCAUUAGUCACAGCUUUGGGAACAUCUUCCAGUUCUGCAACACUACCUGUGACCUUUAAGUGUCUAGAAGAAAUAAACGGUGUGGACAAACGAGUUACAAGAUUUGUGCUCCCAGUUGGUGCUACAAUCAAUAUGGAUGGAACUGCUUUAUAUGAGGCUUUGGCUGCAAUUUUCAUUGCACAGGUUAACAACUUUGAUCUGAACUUUGGGCAGAUUAUCACAAUCAGCAUCACAGCCACAGCUGCAAGUAUUGGGGCUGCAGGCAUUCCUCAAGCUGGACUGGUCACUAUGGUCAUUGUGCUUACAUCAGUAGGAUUGCCUACAGAUGAUAUCACUCUUAUCAUUGCAGUGGACUGGUUCUUGGAUCGUCUCCGUACCACAACCAAUGUCUUGGGAGACUCCAUCGGAGCAGGAAUUGUUGAACAUUUAUCACGGCAUGAGCUGAAGAACAGGGAUGCUGAAAUGGGUAAUUCUGUGAUAGAGGAGAAUGAAAUGAAGAAACCAUACCAACUGAUCUCACAAGAAAAUGAGAGCGAGAAACCAUUAGAUAGUGAAACCAAGAUGUAAGGUAAAGAAUGCAUGAGUCCAACACUACAAGUGUGAUAAACACACACUUUUUCCAGCCAUUUAUAUCUUGAAUUGCCCAAGUUCACUUAUUCAUUGAUUUCUGCUUUCAUGACAACAUGGGAAAGGAGUAAUGAAAAUUCAAAUUUCCAAAUUAGCAGUGAUCAUGGUAUAUGUUGGCUUCCCACUUAAAAAUAAACUAACAGGCAACAACAUUGGUCCUGCUGGACAUGUGAUAACUGAGGAUAAAAUGAGAGAUUGCUCAGUCCUGUGAACUUAGUCUUUUUUUUUUGUUUUUUUUUUUUUAAUGAACUGGAAAGUAAAACCAGAUAACAGAACCUGAAAUGGUUUUAUUAUUUUAAAUACUGGUUACAAAAUUCCUGC